AUGUCGGUGAGACAACGAGGUACAGAACCCGCACCGAGGAAGCAAUCGGACACAGAGGAAAACGCAGAACCUAGGUCCGUAGCCGUAGCAGUAGAAGGUCGAAGUGGACUCUCUCAAACCCUAAGCAGCACAGCGAACUUGGCCAAUUUGCUUCCCACGGGGACACUCUUAGCAUUCCAGAUUCUGACGCCCGUUUUCACGAACAACGGGGUGUGUGACUCCGUUACGCGGCCCCUCUCAUUGGGCCUGCUUGUCCUAUUGGGCCUGUCAUGCUUCGUGGCCUGCAUGACGGACACAGUGAAGGCCUCGAAUGGAGAGGUGUAUCAUGGGCUGGCCACUCUGAAAGGCCUGUGGCUAUUUGACAGUCCUACGGAGGCGUCAAGUCUACCCGACCUGAGGAAGUACAAGCUGAGGUUCAUCGAUUGUGUCCACGCGCUCUUGUCCGUGUUGGUGUUCUCUGCAGUGGCUUUGAGGGACAGGAACGUGUUGAGCUGCUUUUACCCAACGCCUCAGCAUCAAACUCAGGAGGUUCUUGAUAUUGUGCCUCUUGGGAUUGGUCUCAUCUGCAGCUUGCUCUUCCUCGUUUUUCCAAGCACAAGGCACGGGAUUGGCUUCCCCGUUACACCUGGCAAAUGA